UCUUUUGAUGUCUCUCUCUCUUCUUCUUCAGAAGACAGGAAGCUAGAGAGUCUCAUCAUCAUCAUCAUCAUCAAAUCUAAUGGAGUUUCAUCUUGAACAUCCUCUCUCACAUUCUUCUCUACACAACAAUAACUCCAACGACGAUGAAACUGCACCACACUCCCUCUUCCUCGUCGAGUUUCAACACAUGCCUUCUUCUCAUUACUUCCAUAGCCUUAAGUCCUCUGCUUUUCUUCUCUCUAAUCGACACCACGCCAUUUCUUCAAUCCUUCAGUAUUCAAGAAAAUUCGACGACCCAUCUCUGACGUAUCUUGCUGUGAAUUAUCUAGACAGGUUCUUGUCUAGUGAAGAUAUGCCGCAACCAAAGCCAUGGAUUCUCAAGCUUAUCUCUCUUUCUUGUGUCUCUUUGUCUGCCAAAAUGAGGAAGCCAGAGAUGUCUGUUUCUCAUCAUCUUCCGGUGGAAGGUGAGUUCUUUGAUGCUCAGAUGAUAGAGAGAAUGGAGAAUGUGAUUUUAGGAGCUCUUAAAUGGAGAAUGCGCUCUGUUACUCCUUUCUCCUUUUUCUCCUUUUUCAUUAGUCUCUUUGAGCUCAAAGAAGAUUCUUUCGCACUAAAACAUUCCCUCAAAUCUCAAGCCAUUGAUCUUACUUUUCAUCUUCAACAUGAUAUCAGAUUCCUCGAGUUUAAACCAUCGGUGGUUGCAGGCGCCGCGCUUCUCUUUGCUUCUUUCGAGCUCUGUCCUCUACAGUUUCCAUGUUUCAGUAACAGAAUCUGCCAAUGCACAUAUGUAAAUAAGGAUGAGUUAAUGGAGUGUUACAAAGGAAUACAAGAGAGAGACACAGUAGUGGAAGAAAACGAAGGAAGCACUGAGACAGCAGUAAAUGUGCUUGAUCAGCAAUUCUCAAGCUGCUGUGAAAGCGAUAAGAGCAUCACAAUCACAGCUUCUUCACCAAAGAGGAGGAAGACUAGUACUCGUCGAUGUUAAGCUGAAAGAAAAGGAGGUUUAUGGUCAAACAUAAUCCCCAGAUGAUUCAAUCACUUAUUAUCUACUUAAUAAAUUAAAAAAACUACUCCUGGUCCCGUUAUGAAAACGACACUUGCUUCUUUCCUCUUUCUGCAUCCAUCUUCUGCUUCAUAAUAAGCCAUUCUCUUCAUGGAAGACAAGAGAGAAGUGAUGAAUGAUCAAAGCCGAAACCUCGUGUUCUGUUCCAUUUCUUGUUCCUUUGGACCACAACACAAAACUCAAAAUUCAAAAAAAAAAAAAUGCUGUAAUAUUUAUCUAUCCUUACCUAUCCUACCAGUCUAUCAUGUUCUGUAUUAUUUACAGUUUUGGGUUGUGGAGUUAAAGUCGUUUCACUUGGGAAGGAGGGAAUAAUCAAUAAAUAUUGUUCUUGUGUGGAA